UGUCCAAGUGAUAUCAGGGGAGCAUACCUGUGGAUUUGAUUAUUCUGCAGGGUGUCCGUGGCAUGGAAGCUAAAGAUCUCCUGGGAUGUUUAGCAUGAAAUCAUGAGAUCACUCAGGUGGAGGUUUCCUAAGGUGUCCUGGCUGCUUUUCAUGGUUAUUUUGCUCCUUGUUCUCUCUUUUGCUGCCUACAUUGGCUUUCCAGAAAAAUAUCCAUACAGUCAAUUUUCUUAUUUUCGCCGUGCCUCUGAAGUGCCACAAGUGGAUAUCCAACAGGCUACCCUGGAACCUGUAACUGCCAAUGGAGAGACGUCAAAGCUGCCAGAUGUGAUACUGGGAUCAAACAGCUCCCGACUGGAGCAAGAUGUUGUUAAGAGAUUAGGAGCGAACAAUGAACUAUAUGCCCAAGAUGCUGCACUCCAAGGCUCAAUAAAACCAACAGAGACGGAAGCCAGGAAUAAGAGUAUUAUAUCAGUAUCCACUAAAAAGGUAGCUGAAGACAAGUUAAGGCCCAUGCCAAAUAAGAAUCUAGUUACAGACAGGAGAGUAUCACUCACAGCAGGUCAAAAUCAUGAUGAGGCUGUGGAUGCAAACCUAGCACGGAAUAAAAAACAAAGUGAGAAGACUGUUGCACCAGUAUCCCAUUCAAAGGAAGAAAAAAAUAAAGGCACAGUACCAAGGCACCAGAGAAAGAAACAAUUUGAAUCUAUACAUGUGACACAAGCAUCCAGUCCAAAGCAGAGCACAGCAACCAAUCUGCUGCCUCUUCAAGGGAGAAAUGUCACACUACCAUCCAAUGCAAAUCAAACCAAGAAGAAACAACCUAGAGAAACCAGCAAAACUAAAGAGCACUCUGCCAACAUUGAGCCAGUUUCUGCCAUUGUGGAUCACAAAUCAUCUGCCUCUACAGUUCAACAGACCACACAUUUAAUUCCUCCAACACUCCCCAGAAAAAGAUUUAAAGCAUCUGAUUUCAAAUCUGAGCCCCACUGGGAUUUUGAAGACCAAUAUCUCCUAGACAAUUCAACCCUACCAUCAAGCUGCCCAGAUUCUCUGCGGGUCAAGGCUGCCAAGUCUGACUGGCUAAAGGAUGUUUUCCUGCCCAACAUCACCCUGUUCAUGGACAGGAGCCAUUUCAGUGCCAGUGAAUGGGAGCGAAUGGAACAUUUCCCCCCACCUUUUGGUUUCAUGGAGCUAAACUAUUCAUUGGUGAAAGAAGUCAUAACCAUGCUUCCUCCUAAGCCUUAUCACCAAAUUCUCUUGGCCCACAACAGCAGUAGCAAGACUUCCCGAUGUACCACCUGUGCUGUCGUAGGGAAUGGAGGAAUCUUGAACAACUCUAGAAUGGGCAAGGAGAUUGACUCCCAUGAUUAUGUGUUCCGAGUGAGUGGGGCCGUGAUCGAGGGCUAUGAGAAAGACGUGGGAACAAGAACAUCCUUCUAUGGAUUCACAGCCUACUCCAUAAUGGCUUCUCUUGCAUCGCUGCAGAAUCGUGGAUUCAAGAAGAUCCCUAUGGGAAAGGAGAUCAAGUACCUUCAUUUCCUGGAAGGGGCAAGAGAUUACGAAUGGCUGAAAGCUCUUCUACUGAAUGUGAAAGUCAGGAAGGGAUUUUUGGACUACUACGGGCCAAGGCCUCGGGAUGUAUUCAGUAACAAUUUCAACCUGGAUAAAUACUUUGUGAUUCAUCCAGAUUUUACCAGAUACAUGAAAAACAGGUUUUUAAGGUCCAAAACACUAGACAAACCCUACUGGCGGAUCUAUAGGCCCACAACAGGUGCCCUCCUUUUGCUAACUGCACUUCAUCUGUGUGACCAGGUAAGUGCAUAUGGGUACAUCACAGAAGGCUACCAAAAGUAUUCUGAUCACUAUUACGAUAAGCAGUGGAAGCGCUUGAUCUUCUACACCAAUCAUGACUUUAAUCUGGAACAAAGGGUAUGGAAAAAGCUUCACGAUGAAAAUAUCAUGAAACUCUACCAGAGAUCCUGACAAGAGACCGAGCACUGACUGCCCCCAGAACAGAAACCUUGGAAACAGGGGUCUUAUUUGGAUUCAAGCCAUAUUUUUAUUUAUGCAGAAAGACUCCUUGGUCCUAAAGACUUCACAUUUGUAGAAUUAAUUCCUGCAAGAACAUCCAACCCAUUGUAUGCACUGUUGGCAUACAGGAUAAAAUACAGAAGGAUUUUGCAAGCUUAACUUGAUUGCUGGGAUUACUGUAUUC